UCAUGCUGCUGCCAGGUCCAGAGUCUCUCAUGGGUCCCUGUACGGCCUCCCAUUGCUGCUGUCUCCAUCGCCACACUCUGCCAUGUGCCACUUUCAGGUCUCCUCACACUGCUGGUGUAUUCCAUUUUUUGUCAUAGGGUGCUGGCAGAUUACGGGCCUCCCAUAGCUGCUGCCAGGCCCCUAAUCUGCCAUGGGCCCCUAUAUACCGCCUCCUCAUGCUGCUGCCAGGUCCAGAGUCUCUCAUGGGUCCCUGUACGGCCUCCCAUUGCUGCUGUCUCCAUCGCCACACUCUGCCAUGUGCCACUUUCAGGUCUCCUCACACUGCUGGUGGGUUCCAUUUUUUGU